CCCAGCCAAUUUGGCCCAUCAUCUCCUUUACCAAAAGAGCGCGUGACCACCCUCCCAGACUCAAAUUCAAACAAUGUCCACCGUGUGACCGUGCUGCUCCGACGACCACCGCCAUCGCCACCGUGCCCAUUCAGAAAUGGCGAACUUCGAAGAACUCUUAUCCUCCUUGAACUCAGACAUCAACUCCUACACCGGCAAAGACCCUCUUCUUCCUUGGCUCCGAGGGAUCCGAAAGAUGAAGGACACUCUUCCUCCUCAAACCCUCAACGAAAAACUCCCCGAUUUCCUCCAGAAAUGUGCUCGCAUCUUCGAGCUCGAUCGGCGUUACAGAAACGACAUGCGUUAUCUUCGCGUUUGGCUCCACUUGAUGGAUUUUGUGGAUGAUCCUGGAGCACUUUUGAAAACCAUGGAGGUGAAUCAUAUUGGGACGAAACGGUGUCAGUUCUACCAAGCAUAUGCUCUUUACCAUGAGAAGAGCAAGAGGUAUGAUGAGGCAGAGAAAAUGUACCAUCUGGGAGUGAAGAAUCUUGCAGAGCCUUUAGAUGAAUUGCAGAAAUCAUAUGAUCAAUUUCUUCAACGCAUGAAGCGGAAGAACAACAAGAGAGUCCAGCACAAGGAAGUAAGGUCUAGCAGGAGGCCUCUGUCUACAAAGGGCAUACCUCCUUUUGAUAACAAGACUGGGGAAUGCAGUGUUGGGGGUGCGCAAACAGGACGCCAAGUUGCGAGUUCUGUAAUUGAAGAUGUUGCUGAUGAUAGAAGAGUGAAGACUAGAAAGAGUGAGGGCAAGAGAUUUCAUGGUGAUGAUACAGUUGUUGUCAAGAAGUUUGUUGGCACUGCCAUGGAUGGAAAGUCUGAAGUAGAAGAUGCAUGCCAUCAUGGACUGGUGGAUCCUACAAUAAAUAUGAAGGAGGCCAGGAAUGCUAUUAACAGCAUGUUCCGGGAGCCAUUGGAGACUGUUCCAUUAGCCAGGAAAUCACAUAAAAAACAUGCGAAAGAAAGUCGGAGUACAAAGAAUGACUUCAAAGUUUUUGUUGAUGAAAACAUGGAUUAUGGAAUCAAACCAUCCGGUUCUUUAUCACUUCAGCAAAGGACUGGAGCUAGCCAAGCUCACCAAGAACCUCUCCAGAUAUACAUUGAUGAUGAAGGAUGUUCUGAGAACAAUGACGUAAAUAUGAGUUUGUCUGAUGGUUCUGCUUCAUCAGCUUCAAAACUAAAUGGCUUUGUUUUCCCACCACCUAAGGAUCUUCUUUCUGAAAAAUCUUCUGAUAUGGAGGCAGUUAGCUCCCGUAAUCCAAGGUUAUUUAGAGAGGAUACAAUCGUUGGCAGAUUUGUUGGUUCCGCCAUUUUGGAUGAACCAAAGGUGGAAAAUGUUUGCCACCACGGCUUAGUAGAGCCCACAAUCAACAUGAAGGAAGCUAUGAAUGACAUAAAUGGCAUGUUUGUGAAACCAAUGGAUUUUGUUAGGAGAAAAAGAUCAAUGAAGCAGGAGAAAGGACCCGAGAGCCAUAGUGGAAAGGAAUUUGGUGGGUUUUCAAUCCUUGCUGAUGAUGACCUAGAACAUCGACAAGGUCCAUCACCACCACCUCCACCUCCACCAAAGUUGCCAAGAAUGUCAAAGGAAUCUGAUUUAUUUGAGCCAACUCUCCACACAAAGGAAGCCAAGGACGACAUAAACAAGAUGUUUAGUAUGCCACUCGAUUUUUAGGGACAAAGUGUGUGCUGAGUGCCGAUUCUGUGUUUGCAAACCCUUUAUAUAAUUGAUUCUAAAGACAUAAUGGUUCUAAAGCCAGAAUCAAUUGUGUGGAGAAGCUUUUGUGAGUAGCUUCUGAGUUUCAGAAUUGAUUAUGAUGAAAGAGAAGUUGAUUGUAAGUUGUAACAACAAUUGUGUUUUGUGUGAGAUACUCUAAUAAAGGUUACCGGUCUCCAUUUUUAACUA